AUGGCGCCCUCUCUGGAGGCGCCGCUAGAGGCGCCCGAGGCCGUGGAAGACGUCAUCGCCAACCCGCAAAAGCCGUCGCUCGUGGCCCCCGAACCAGAACACUGCCCGGGCCCCGAAUCAGAGCAAGCCGGCACGGCCGACUCGUGCGCCGGCUGUCCCAACCAGGCCAUCUGCGCGUCGGCGCCCAAGGGCCCGGACCCCGACAUCCCCAUCAUCUCGGCGCGCCUCUCGGGCAUCAAGCACAAGAUCCUCGUGCUCAGCGGCAAGGGCGGCGUCGGCAAGAGCACCUUCACGGCGCUCCUCGCGCACGCCCUCGCCACGAACCCCGACUCGUCGGUCGGCGUCAUGGACACGGACAUUUGCGGCCCCAGCAUCCCCAAGAUGCUCGGCGUCGAGGCCGAGACGAUCCACGUGUCCGGCGCCGGCUGGAGCCCCGUCUGGGUCCUCGACAACCUCGGCGUCAUGAGCAUCCAGUUCCUGCUGCCGUCGCGCGACGACGCCGUCAUCUGGCGCGGCCCCAAGAAGAACGGCCUCAUCAAGCAGUUCCUCAAGGACGUCGAGUGGGGCGAGCUCGACUUCUUGCUCGUCGACACGCCCCCCGGCACGAGCGACGAGCACCUCAGCGUCAACUCGUUCCUCAAGGAGAGCGGCAUCGACGGCGCCGUCAUGGUCACGACGCCGCAGGAGGUCUCGCUGCUCGACGUCCGCAAGGAGAUUGACUUUUGCCGCAAGGCCGGCAUCCGUGUCCUCGGCCUCGCCGAGAACAUGAGCGGCUUCGUGUGCCCCAAGUGCACCGGUCAGAGCGACAUCUUCCGCGCGACGACGGGCGGCGGCCGCGGGCUGGCCGCCGAGAUGGGCAUCCCCUUUCUGGGCAGCGUGCCGCUGGACCCGAGGAUAGGCAUGGCGUGCGACUACGGCGAGAGCUACUUUGACAGCUUCCCCGACAGCCCGGCGUGUCUUGCUUUCAAGGAGGUCGUCAGGAACGUGAGCAGGCAGAUUGGACUGGAUCCGAAGGACGUCCUGCCUGAAUAG